GAUAACUGCCCAUUCGAGUUCGAGUUUGCAAAGUGAUCUUCAACAAUAAUAAUAAUUCUAAUACUAAUAGUUAAUUGUCAUUAUAAUUAUUGCCAAUAUUUACUAUUUAGGUAAUUUAAACUUUAAAUUAAGUGAAAAUAAAACCAAAAGUGAAAGUCUCAAAAUGACCAGCCCAAGCCAGAGUACUUUAAUAGUAAUAUUACAAUUAUGACUGUAAUAAUAACGACAUAGACAUGGACCUAAUGCCUAAGUCUAAGUAACGAAGUGGCUAUUCCGACCCGGCUACCAGAAGUUCAGAAGUGAGAGGUUGGGAUUAAUUUGAUUUAAAAAAAUGUUUGAAAUAUUAUUGUUGGGUUUGUAAGAUAAAAUUUGGUAUCGAAUGAAAGAUAAUUGAAUGUACUAAACUUUUGUACCCUUAAUUCUUCAUUUUAACUUAAAUAUAAAUAAACUAAUAAACUCCCACAAAUGACAUCCGAAUAACAUUUAGUUUUAGUAAAUUUAGGCGUCAAAAUGGAACCCCAUAUAGGCACCGCCGCUAUUCGGACCCGGUCCCAAUAUAUAGACUAAAUCAACUGAUCAAUUUGUCACUCAUUAAAAAUAAGUCCUUUUGCAAUUGGUAACAUUUAUUUAUUUUUUAAGCAGCUUUUACAAAACCAUGUUUUGCUCCAACUCCAAGGCUCAGACUUUAACCUGACACACUUCCUAUUAUAAAUAUCUUUCAUUGUAAUCACCUUUUCUGUUGAUUGUGAUUGGAUCAUGUGUUGCUUGAUCAUUUUUUGUUAGCCUUGGUCACCGGAGGAAUAUCUUGAGAACUUAUUCAUCCGGUUGCCGGACAUGUAGACACUUCAUAAGAAGCAAAAAUAAUAAUCUUAGUAUCUUAAAUAAUAAAGUCUGUUACUGUUAAAAUUAAAACAAAUCAUAGAUUCAAUACAGCUCAUAAUCCCUACAUUGCGUACAUUCUUUUUUUUUAAAAAUUGCUAGGUGCUGGUAAUAAACCACUUAUUGACUGUGUAUAACACCUCCCAUAAACUAAUGCCAUUAAUACUACUAAACUACUAAGUCACAAAUUGGCGAGUUUUGUGUUACUAUGAGUAUAGUAUGAGUAUGGGCAUUAAUCAUGAACAUUUUAAUUUAAGUACCGGUACUUAAAUGUAAUUUGGUUCAAUUUAUUAUUUGCUAAUACUAAUUUACUCAUAAUUUCUUGGAACAUACUUUCUGUUAAAAAGACAGAGUUAAGGUCAUUGUAAUCAGUGUUAGCCCAGGCAAAGAAGAGAAGGACCUCAAGUAUUAGCCUAUACCAGGCAGUAGCUAUAGACUGGCUAUAUAGUUAUAUAAUUUAUAAUAAAUCAACACUAUUACUAUGCAGUAUGCUAUAACUAUACUUUAAAACUUAAAACACAUUAGCUCAGUAGGCUUAGAUUAUGGCUUAAUAAAAUUGAUGCUAAUGAUGGUGUGCAUUAGUAUAAAGGGGCCUACCAUUAUUGAAGUCACACAAAUUUUGCAGUUUUUGACCCCUCCUCCCCCAUCAUUACAAAUCGUCACAAAAAUGUUUGUUCUCUUCCCAUCUUUUUCCCCCUCCUCCCCCAUCAUUACAAAUCGGCACACAAAUGUUCCCCCCCCCCCCCCCCCCCACCCUUCCCUCAUAAUAUAUAACCUCGCAAACCCCUGCACCCCCGUAUAAAAAUCCCUCUGUCCACCACUGUCCUUUACAAACCCUUAAAAAAUUCGAAGUGGCUGUUUGCACCCGGGUAUCAGAAGUGAGAGGUUGGGAUUAAAAAACUAUUUGAAAUAUUAAUGUUGGGUUUGUAAGACAAAAUGAGGUAUCAAAUGAAAGAUAAUUGAAUGGACUAUAUGUUUGUAAACUUACUUUUUCAGUGUAAUCUUACUUCUUCAGUUUAACUAAAAUAAACUACCACAAAUAACAUUCGAAUGGGAUUUAGUCUAAAGGGACCAGGGUCCGAAUAGCGGCGAUUCGUAUUUGAAUCUAUGGCACCCAGUCUCCACAUUGCAACAUAAAUUCUCACUACUGUCAAAGUCAUGACACACCUAAUCUCCUCCUCCAUAGCAUCCUGUAAUAUGAUCAUAUGCAAUUUCUGGGACCUCACAUACCUGUACUGAUUCUCUCAGUGAUCGUAGUUUAAAAAUUAAAUACUUAUAAUUUUUGUAUAAAGAAUAAUUAAAAUGUUUGUAAUUUACUAUUAGUAAUUGCAAUAUUUUAAAAGAAUGUUCAGCUUUUAGUGUGACAUCACAUUGCAUUCCCCUUCCCCCUUGUCACACAUCAUCACAAUUAUGUGGACCCCCCCAAUCCCCACCCCCUAGAUGCUUGAUGUCAUUUAUGGACGGCCCAAAUCUUUUACUCUUACUCUUACAGUCAUAGUUUAUUUACUAGUCUGAGUUGGCUAAUCUUAAUUCUGUAAAAUUUAAACCAGAGAGACCAUGUCAAAUAAAUUGUGUCUUGUCCUAUUAGUAGGCCUAUGAGACAGUGAAACCUCACAAUAAAAUGAUAAUUUUUGUCCUUACAAUUGGAUUCCGAAAUUCCGGAAAUUGUGGGGUAGCAUUUAAAGCCAUUGCCAUGUUUUACAGUAUUUUAUUUUUUCUGAGAACAGAUUAGUACUGCCUGCAAGAUGGCAGAAUACAAAAUAGCAAAGGCACAAAAAGGAAGGAGAUAGGAAAUUUAUACACAAAUUAAUUAGAACAGAUGCUUACACUUACAGAUAUAGACAAACUUCUUCUUCUUCUUUAUUUUAAGGGCCCACGAUCAAUGAAUUGAUCAUUCUGGCUCCUAUGUUUCAGAGAGGUUUGCGAUGUUACUGUCCAUGGGUUUCAAUGGGAUACUUCACUGGUUGCAAGGGCGACUCAGCAGUGGUGUUAUGAACUGGGGGUUGGAAUACAGGAGGCAAUAGACACAAAUGUAUCGAGUGUAGCCGCCUCAACUGUUGCUUUUGGAAGCUUGUUCCAGUCCCCUAUUGUCUUCGGCAGGAAUGAGGAGCUUCUGUACUUCGUUCUUGUUUUUACCAGCCGGAACUGUUUGUCGUGACUUCGUCGCAGUCUGGGGGGAAGAUGAACGAGUUUCUGUUUGAUUCCGGAGCAGUGCACCAGCCCAUUUUUUAUCUUGUAAAACAUGGUGAGCCUGGAUAGUCGUCGUCGUUCUUCCAAUGUCGACCAGCCCAGUGUUUCCAGCAUGCUGCCAACACUCGAGGUGCUUCUGUAGCGGUUCAUGACAAAGCGUGCUGCCCGUCGCUGGACCGCCUCCAACCUGUCUAUGCUUUUCUGGGUAAAUGGGUCCCAGACUGUAGAAGCAUACUCUAAAAUAGGUCGGACAAAGGCUUUAUAGGCUUUUUCUUUCACGCUUGAGUUGCCGAUCUUCAGAUUGCGCCUUAGGAACCCCAGGGUCUUGUUUGCCCGGUUGCACACACUGUUAAUGUGCUCGUCCCAGCGGACCUCUCUUUGGAUGGUAACACCCAAGUACUUAACGGAGGAAACUGGCUCAAGAAUAUGGCCAUGCAGUUCGUAAGAGUGGUUUAGAGGGAACCUGCUUCUGGAGACUGACAGGGUUUGGCACUUGACGGGAUGAAAUUCCAUGUCCCAGCUUAUCUCCCACUCAGCUAACCGAUUGAGGUCUUGUAAACUACUAGUUUACCUAAAUUUUUUUGUAUUCUCUUCUUUUUUUUUCAUGUUUAAAAAAAACCCAUUUCAUAUCUGAAUGUAGAUUAGAAAUUUCAGCAGCCUGUGCUUUUCUGAUAUGUGUUAUAAAAGUUAUAAUAUAGUCAUAGUAUAGCUGGGUAUUUUAUUGUAGGGUUCCACUUUACAUGUGCUAGCCUAAUAUGAAUAAAUAAUUACCCUAAAGUUUGAAUUUUGAGAUGCAAAAAAAAAAAAAAAUUCAGCAGACUCCUAGUAAAUAGCUAUAACCCUAGUUCCCAACCCAUAUAUUUUCUAAACUUUCAAUACCAGGUUGGUGUAUGUUUAUUGAAGGAUAUAAAAUGCUUAAACUUUGCUUCAAGAAAUGUGGAGCCUUAUGUAUCAAUGAUGCUCUACUAGCGUCAAUAAAAAUUGUUGCUGACACACCUGUCCAACCAGUAGCAUGGAAUACCUGGAAUGAUAAAAGAAAACAACUUUCUUUCAGGUACUCAUUUAAAUUGGUUACAAUUAGCAUGCAACAUUGUCAAGUUGCAGUAUUUGUUUACUGAGAGAUAGACAGAGAACUCAGCUAAAGGUGCUUUGGAAUACCAUGAAAUGAAUAAGUUUGAAAGUGACACUUUAAUUUCCAAAAAAUAGAGUGUAUUCAAAAUGCAAAAUAGUUGCAUAAUUAUUACAGCUAUAUGAUACAUUUUUGUAUGGCUUAUUGAAUUUGUAUUAUUAAAUUAAAUACAUUGGUAAAUUUAAUGGACAUAAGCAAUUUUAUAUUAAAUUUUAGAAUUAUUUCUUUCCUGUAAUUGUUUUUUUAAUAUUAUUACAUAUUUUUAAUUAAAUGAUUUUUUAAAAAAUAGAGCAUUAUUUAAUUCAUAAACUAAACUUAUUCUAUUUCACAGCUACUGCCAAAGUAGAUUUUAUCAAGUAAGAAGACUCCAUGUAUCUGCAAUCAUAAAUAAUUUGAAGGAUAAAAAGCAAAGUGACCCCAUUAUUAUAAAUAAAAAACCUGAAGAUGUCAUGGUCCAAUCUGGAAAUGAAGAAUCAGUUACUGAAACUGAAAGAACAACUUCAUCAGCUGUUGGCAAGCCACAGAUAUUUAAACAAGCACAACUUUCUCAGCCUUUGGUUAGUUUUCUUUUUUAGUAUCUUAUAUCUAUGCAUAUAGCUCUAUUUCAAAGAAAGCAGUGAUCUAAAUUAAGAAAAUAAAUUGUUGCUCCAUUUAGGUGUAAAUUUUACUAUUUACCUAGAAAAUAAAUUUCUAUCAAAACAAAAAUGAUAAAACGCAAUGCUCAAUAAUGCUUCCUUUAAAAAUUUGAUAAUACAUUUCACUGAAAAUCUUCAAAAUUGUUUAUUUUAAUUUUAAACUAUUACAUUUUUUAACAUAUGACUUUCUUUUUAUUUUGAUUAUUAUACAAAAUUAAUGUCUGGAGAUGAAAGCAGAGCUUAAAAAGACAAAAGACCAAAGUUGUACAAAGAUGAUCUCCAUUAAUUAAAAUAAAAAAUAAAAAAAGAACUUGAUGCCUUAUUAUAUUAAAAUGUUUUAAAUGAAAAAGGGUUAAACAAAUACCUCCUGCCUUUGUCUGCCACUGAUCAUAAAUAUUAUAUUUAUAUUCCAGGUGAGACCAUCAAGUCUCCCAGAUCACGAUCCCAAAAGAAUAACAGAAGAAAGCAGGAAGUUGGAGAGAAAGGCUAGAGCUGUAUUUGACAAGAUUGCCACUGAAAAGUAUGCACCUUUUCUCAAAAUGAGAUUUAAAAGUCAAUGCUUGAAAUGCAAAUAAAAAAGUUUAUAAUUCAUUAUUAUUAUUGUUCUUAGGUAAAUUUUAAAAAUUGUAAUUGAUUUAACACACACACACACCACCCCCACUUUUCCACUACAACCACACACAUAUUUGUAAGAAGAAAUAGCCUAUUAUAAGCCACGUUUCAGAACAUUUUUACUUAUCGUUUACAGAGGGGCUUCUAAACCUACAUUUAUUUAUGCAAUCAACGAGUAUAUUUCCAAGGACACCUUAUAUCGCAGAGGAGCAUUAGAGUUUAUCUAUGCUGGCCUGAGUGAAAUGAAGCGUUUUGGUGUAAAUAGAGACUUGACUGCUUAUAAAGCUCUUAUACAAGUAAAUUUAUUUGCUUUAUUUUUGUAUCAUUUGGGAAGAUGAUGGUUUCAAAUUUACAUAAAUCACAUGUGCAGAAAUUUUCUUAAUGCAAUCUUAAGUUUUUUGUAUCUUUGGAAGGAAAGUAUUUGUUUUAAAAGAUUUGUUAAAAGUUACAAAAAAGUUACAUUAAAAAAAAAGCAACAGGUCUUAAAACAAGUGUUUUGUUCACAGAAAAAUAAUAUAAGGUAUUAAAUUCAAACAAUUUUUGCAGUGUUUUCCAGAAGAAAAGAUGAUUCCUCGAAAUGUGUGGCAAGUAGAAUUUAUGCAUUACCCCAGACAGCAACAGUGUGGAAUAGAUCUAAUGGAGCAGAUGGAACAAAGUGGUUAGUUUGAUUUUUUAUAAUAAUUCAUUGCUUAUUGAAUUGCACAUAUAAACAAAAAAAAUUUGAAAACUCUUCAGGCCAGUUUUGUGCACCCAUUUUGUUCCAGCAAAUAUUAUUUUUUAAACUUCUUGUUUUUUGCUGCAGUUUUUUUUCUUCAGAUUUACAUUGACAAUUUGGCUGCUUUGAUCCCAGAACAUUUUUAUGUUGAUUGUGAGUUUUAUGGGUCAUAUUUAAGAAUGAAUUUAUCUUUUUCAACUUUAAAGAUAAUGCAGACAUUUUGGUUUGUAAUUGACUACACCUCGACUCUUUGUCGAAUCAAUUUGAUGAAUAUUGCUGUGUGAGCAAGUAAUAAAAAUGUGAAAGAACAAAGUCCAAAUAAUUUCCAAGCCGAAUUCCUGUAAACCCAAGAAGUUCUUGAUAGCAUUACAAAAAAGACUAAAAAUGAGGCGAACAAUAUUAGGUGUGCAUACUGCAUCUUUUAGGGAGCCAAGAUUUGUAUAUUUGUUGACACUUCUUCAGACACAAAUUAUGAUGUCAAAGUGGUUAAGUUACUAUAAGAACAAUCUGAAAUUUCAAAAUGACAUUUCUACGAUGGGCAGGCAGUUUUCCCUUACUUAGAGAAGAAGUUUUUAAAAUGGUUUGUUGCAAAUGAAAAAAAAAAAUCUAGCAGUGUUAAAUUUUUGUGUCAAGUGCCAUUCUUGAUCAAGAAUAUCUUUAAAAAAAGGUUGUUCCCACAUGGGUUUAGUAAGAAACGUAAACUAAAUGUAUCUAGAAAUUUCUUUUGAAAGGCUCAACUCUAACUUUUCAAAGAACCAUAAAGUAUGAUAAAAUAGUAUGAAUUUGUCUUUGAUGAUAUUUUUAAAAUGGAAAAUUAUUCAUUUUUUCCCACUUCAGCUGUGAUACCAGAUGAUGAAUUUGGUGUCCUGCUAAAAAAUCGCUUUGGUUCUACGGCCCAUGUCACGAGGAAGUAUCGACGUAUGAUGUAUUGGUUGCCAAAAUUUAAGAAUAUGAAUCCUUAUCCAGUUCCUUAUGACAUGCCAAAUGAUCCUAUUGAAUUAGCUCUGCUCAUGUUGAAGAGGAUGUGUGUAGAUGAGAAAACCAAAUACAAUGUUAUUAAGGUAUGGAGUUGAUUAUUUACUUAAUUAUCAAAUAUAGAAUUGCUUUGUAAUAGAUGUAUUGAAUAAAAGAAAAAAAAACAUUGUUACUUUUUGUUAAUGGGUAUGGGGAAAUCAAUUUAAAUAACAUGUAGUCCAUUAAAAGUAGUUUAGCAAAGUAUAUUCUGUUUCAUUUUUAAAAAUGAUCCCGGUUUAUAUGAUAUUCAACAUAUUCCUAGACAGUAGAAAUGGAGGAUUCUCCAGAAGAAGAUACUUUUAUUGUAAGUGCCCAGAGUCCCACGCAACAGCAACUCAUUAGUCAACACAAGACGGGACAGCCAUUAUUUGUUGAAGGUCCUUUUCCUGUGUACAUGCGAUAUGUUGGGAAAAGAUAUUUUUUGCUACGAGGAGAGCCAAACAUUAAUUCUUUAAUGAAGCAGAAAAAACUUGAAGAGGAGGAAGAAAAAGAAGAAAGUAAGUUAAUUAUAUUAUAUAGCUUAAGAUGAGUACAACUUACUGUUAUAAAACUCUGAUAUGAUUUACACCAUUAGGUACUAUAUUAGCUUAUUGAGAAUUAUUCAUAAUUAGAAGAAUGCUUGGCAUUAAUUUCAUGAUUAAUGAUAAAAAAAAAAUAUUCAGGUGCCCUCUUUCUUUUGUCUUGAUUUAAAAAUAAUGCUUGUUUAAAACAAACAUGAAUGUGGUUAUGUUGGCUUAUUGUAAUUUCAUUUUACACAUGCGUACCUUAAUACAAAUUAGAAAAAGAGAGUAAAAACUAAAUCCAUGUGAGUGCGAUUUAAAAUGGAAAUCAGGUGGAGAAAGUAAAAGUUAAACUUUCCAGGAAGGUUGAGUGUCAAAGAGCAUGCGGAAAUAGGGGAAGACAGGCUAGUUAACAGAAGCUUGACAAAAAUUCAACUACUGGCACUCUCAAAAUGUUUAAAAUUUAUUAGUCUUUUCUUUUAACUUCAUCAGAUCUUUUCGAGUGGGUCAACUUUUAUGAAGAGAAUUACAAGGAGAUAAAGCCAGUGCUAAGUGUUCACGAACAAGAAGACAGCACAAUCUUGGGUCUAUGCAUCACAGGAACCUCGACAAAAUCUAGUGUGGUUGCUUGGAUCAGAUGGCUAGAAAAGUCAAAUCCUAAUUUGGCUCAAACACCUGUACUUUUCAAGUUAAUAUCUCCAAAUAGUGAAACGGAUGUCAUAGGUGAUAACAGACCUUUUACAGAAUUAAAAAAAUUGUAAACUUUCCCUUGGAUUUAAAGCAUGAUGAUAUUGUGAACAAAGGCUGAAUAUUUGUAAUUAACGUUGUGUGAUCGUCAGAACAUUCUAAUACAAUUUAUUUAGGCAUGCAGAAUAAAAAAUUUGCCACUUUACCUAUUAUUUACCUAUUUUCUUUAUCUGUUGACACAAAUAAAGUGUUUUUGUCAAAAUGAGC